AGCCAAAUUCCGAGCCCCGUGUGGAGCAGGACCUGCUGUGGGAGCUCUGCGCUCCGACUUGGCUGGUCUGCACACUCCCCCUCGGGCCAUGCCUGGCAGACUCUGAAGGGGCACAGACCUGGCUCUGGGAGCUCCAGGAGCUGUGGCCGCGACCAUGGGCAGCUUUCAGCUGGAAGACUUUGUGGCCGGCUGGAUUGGAGGUGCAGCCAGUGUCAUUGUCGGCCACCCUCUGGACACAGUCAAGGCUCGCCUGCAGGCUGGCACCGGCUAUGGGAACACCCUCAGCUGCAUCCGCACGGUGUACAGGAGGGAGAGCGUGUUCGCCUUCUUCAAGGGCAUGUCCUUUCCCCUCGCCAGCAUCGCUGUCUACAACUCGGUGGUGUUUGGGGUCUUCAGCAACACGCAGCGGUUCCUCAGCCGCCACCGGUGCCCGGAGGCGGAGGCUGGCCCGCCUCACAUGCUGUCUGACCUGCUCCUGGCCAGCAUGGUGGCCGGCGUGGUCUCCGUGGGGCUGGGCGCGCCCGUGGACCUCAUCAAGAUCCGGCUGCAGAUGCAGACCCAGCCACUUCAGGAAGCCAACCUCGGGUUGAAGCCCAGGGCGGCAGCUCUUGGGGAGCAGCCAGCCUACCAGGGGCCUGUGCAUUGCAUCGCAACCAUCGUGCGGACUGAAGGCCUGGCAGGGCUGUACCGGGGCGCCAGCGCCAUGCUGCUGAGGGACGUCCCAGGCUACUGCCUCUACUUCAUCCCCUAUGUGUUUCUGAGUGACUGGAUCACACCCGAGGCCCACGCAGGCCCCAGCCCCUGCGCUGUGUGGCUGGCGGGUGGCAUGGCAGGAGCAAUUUCUUGGGGGACGGCAACACCUAUGGAUGUUGUGAAGAGUCGAAUGCAAGCUGAUGGGGCUUACGUAAACAAAUACAAAGGUGUCCUGGACUGUAUCUCCCAGAGUUACCAGAAGGAAGGUCUUAAAGUGUUUUUCAGAGGCAUCACGGUCAACGCCGUGCGGGGCUUCCCCAUGAGCGCAGCCAUGUUCCUUGGGUACGAGCUGUCGCUGCAGGCCAUCCGCGGAGACCACGUGGUGACCAGCCCCUGAGCACCAGGGCCAGCAUCACCUGGUCAGGGCCUCAUUCUGCUACAACCGAUGCUACGGGCAGUGUCUCCAGAUCAUGCGGUAGUGAAUUUACCGAAGGGAAAGAAAGCCUCCCUGCCCACCUCUGAGCCAGUGGUACUCACCUUGGAAUCCGUUCUUUCCCGAUUGCAAGCACUCUGUUCCUCACCGCCGGGCUGGGGCCACUGCGCUGCUGCCUUGGAAGGACCAUCAAUUCAGCAGCAUUUAUGUCAGGUCCUCACUGGCACCUGGAAUCAGAAUAAAAUAGACCCCACCCCCACGACUGCUGUAAACUCACUGGCAAUUCAUGGAGGAGCUGGUGUUGUCUCCAGGUUUCCAAAUAAAAACAUUUCUGUAUGAGA